UUUUUUCUCUUCAGCUUCGCCUUCCUCUCUCUCUCUCUCUUCUUUACCGAACUCUGGUUCUAGAGAGAGAAAACCAUUCUUUCGAGUUAGAGAGAGAGAGAGAAGCGAAUUGUUUUUGUUUUUUUUUUUAGAGCAAUUCGAAUUGUUUACCCUCAAACUCCAUCAGUGUUGCACUACUCUGCAUUGAGGAAUAAUGGGUAGCAACGAAGAAGGAAACCUCACAAACUCUGCUGAUAAGCCAACGCAACCUGCUCCUGUAACUGACCAGAGCAAUGUUCACGUGUAUCAUCAUGACUGGGCCGCUAUGCAGGCAUAUUAUGGAUCUAGAGUUGCUAUACCACAAUAUUACAACUCUAAUGUGGCAACUGGUCAUGCUCCACCCCCUUAUAUGUGGGCUUCUCCAUCGCCAAUGAUGGCUCCUUAUGGGGCACCAUAUCCACCAUUUUGUCCUCCUGGUGGUGUUUAUGCUCAUCCUGGUGUUCAAAUGGGCUCACAACCACAAGGUCCUGUUUCUCAAGCAACACCUGGUGUUACAACUCCUUUGGCCAUGGAUGCUCCAUCUAACUCCCCUGGAAACACGGACCAUGGGUUCAUGAAAAAACUCAAAGAAUUCGAUGGACUUGCAAUGUCAAUAAGCAAUAACAAAGUUGGGAGUACUGGACAUAGCAGCAGUGAACACAGGAGUUCUCAGAGCUCCGAGAAUGAUGGUUCGAGCAAUGGUAGUGAUGGUAAUACAACUGGGUCUGUUUUAUCACAGGGAGAACAAUCUAAGAGGAAAAGAAGACGAGAAAGAUCACCAAGCACAGGUGAAAAACCUUCAUCUCAGACCAGUCCUCCCCUUAGAGGUGAAAAUGAGAAAGCUGAUGUGACCAUGGGGACUCCUGUUAUGCCCACAGCAAUGGAUUUUCAAAACUCUGGUGGCAUGAACGGUAUCCCACAGCCAUGGAAUGAAAAAGAGGUUAAACGAGAGAAGAGAAAACAGUCAAACCGAGAAUCUGCUCGAAGGUCAAGACUGAGGAAACAGGCUGAAACUGAACAACUUGCUGUCAAAGUUGACGCACUAGUAGCUGAGAACAUGACUUUGAGAUCCAAAGUAAGCCAACUAAACGAUGAGUCAGAGAAACUACGGCUGGAGAACGAAGCUUUACUGGAUCAACUGAAAGCGCAAGCAACUGGGAAAACAGAGAACCUAAUCUCUAGAGUUGAUAAGAACAACUCCGUAUCAGGUGGUAAAAAUGUGCAGCAUCAACUGUUAAAUGCAAGUCCAAUAACCGAUCCUGUAGCGGCUAGCUAACGGUGAUAUCUUCUUCUUCUUCUUUCCGGGUUGUGAAUGUAACAUUAAAAAAAAAAAAAAAAGAGACUUUGUUUUUCUUAGUUUCGUACGUAGAGCUCUCUGCUAUCGGUAGCAGAGAAAAUUGAUGUAAUGUAAUAUCGUUUAAGAGGUUCGGUGUGCGCUGUGACCACUUGAUUGAUGAAAGUGUAGGUUCUUAGUCAUAUAAGCGAAUGUAUUAGAGAGACAAGGGGAGACAUAUUUUGAUGGUCUUUCGUUUCGUAAUCGCUUUGUGUAUUCUUCUUUAAUUAACAAACACCUUUUGUGUGUGA